AUGAUAAACAGAGUUAUCCAGCAGGGGGCACCACCAACAGCAGUAUGGCUGCUCAGGUCUCUGCACUACAGGCUGGACUUCUCCUGCUCCUCCUCUGUGGACCUGUCAGCUCAGGACAAGGAGGAGGCUCUGUGUCUGACCACUGACCACUGCAGGGCCAUCACCUCUGUUCUGAAGCAGAACCAACACAGCACCCAGCUGGUCCAGAACCAGGUGCAGAUCAUCCUAAGAGACUGUGAGGUGGAGGACAGAGCACUGAGGGAGCUGCUUCCCAUCCUGCAUAUUGUCAAGCUGAGCCCCAGCAAAGCUCUGCUACGUCAGCUGCUGGACCUUGUGUGUGAGGGGAUUGAAGAGGGGGUGCUGAGGCACGCAGAGUCCCUGUGCAGAGCCCUGGAUGGAGAGCUGGACCUCAGUGAGACCAGGCUGGACCAGAAGGCCUGUGGAUCUCUGGCCCUGGUUCUGGAACACUCAGAGGGGCUGUCAGAACUGGACCUCAGCCACUGUCAACUCACAGACCACCACCUACAGGACCUGAUCACGCACCUGCACAAAGUACAAGUCCUGGACCUGAGUCAUAAUGACAUCACUGAUGCUCUGACUGACAGAAUACUCCAACUGGUCUACACCAACACUUCAAUACACACCGUACGACUCUUCAACAACAGAAUCCAGGACAGAAGACCCUUCCUGACAGACAAGAGGUUUGAGAUCUGGUGAAGAUAAUGUUGUAUAAUGACAGUAUAAUGUGGUCAAUGUAUAUAAAAGGCUGUUACAAAAUCACACUGAUUGAUCUGAGUCCAUAAAAAUAGUCUUAGGGACAGGAAUGUAUCAUCUGGUGGACAGACGUCUUACAUGUGUUGUCACUCAGGUCCUUAAAAACACAGGAACAUGUGUAUUAUAACUGUAGGAUAGGAAUAUGUAGUUUUAUUUACCACUAACAGUUGAUACGUCUGUACUGUCAUUAAGAUCCUUAAAAACACAGGAACAUGUGUAUUAUAACUGUAGGAUAGGAAUAUGUAGUUUUAUUUACCACUAACAGUUGAUACGUCUGUACUGUCAUUAAGAUCCUUAAAAACACAGGAAC